AUGGCUGCUGGUCCGGACAGGUUGCUAUGGUCAGUGCUGCUGCUGCUGCCAGUUCUGGGGCUCUCUGAAGCUCUUCCAGCACACUGGCUUCCAGGGGAAUACGCAAACAGCGUCCCUGACGCGCAGAGGUUUCUGGGUGAUUACAACAGCACAGCCGAGGAGGUGUUUUACUUCAGCGUGUCUGCCAGCUGGACCUACAACACCAACUUAACGGAACACAACUCCAAGCUGCAGGUGGAGGCCUCUCUUGAAGAGCAAGCCUUCACUGAAGCCUGGGGAUUGAAGGCCAAGACCGUCUUCACUGACGACGUUCUCAACUCGCUCCCCGACCCUAAAGACAAAACGCUGAUGAAAAAGAUCACGUCACUGGGCGCUGCCAACCUUCCCCAGGCUCAACGAGAAGAGUAUAACACAAUUCUCAGCACUAUGGACAGUAUUUAUUCCACAGCGAAGGUUUACCCACAACCGAAUGUAAGCUGGAGUCUGGAGCCCGAGCUCACCGACAUCAUGGCCACUUCUAGAAGCUACAAGAAGCUGCUGUUUGCUUGGGAGGGCUGGCACAACGCGUCCGGCGUUCCUCUCACGCAGCUCUAUCCACGGUUUGUGGAGCUCAGCAACAAUGCCUCUCAAGCUGAUGGAUUUGCCGACACUGGUGCGGACUGGCGAUCCUGGUAUGAGAGUGAAACCUUUGAGCAGGACAUUGACAAACUCUAUAAAACCAUCGAGCCGCUCUACCUGCACCUGCACGCCUUUGUGCGCCGCAAGCUCUACAACCAAUAUGGUUCCAAGUACAUCAACCUGAAGGGACCAAUCCCUGCUCACCUGUUGGGAAACAUGUGGGCUCAGUCAUGGAAUAACAUUUAUGAUCUGAUGACCCCUUUUCCCAACAAACCCAAUCUGGAUGUGACGAAUGAAAUGAUCAAACAAGGCUACAAUGCCACACACAUGUUCCGAGUGUCAGAGGAGUUCUUCACCUCCCUCGGAUUGAUGGAGAUGCCAACGGAGUUCUGGGAGGGGUCCAUGCUCGUCAAACCAGACGAUCGCGAAGUUGUGUGUCACGCAUCGGCCUGGGACUUCUACAACCGCAAAGACUUCAGGAUUAAGCAGUGCACCACAGUGACGAUGGAACAGCUCUUCACUGUACACCACGAGAUGGGGCACAUCCAGUACUACCUGCAGUACAAGGACCAGCCCGUCGGGUUCCGCAGGGGUGCUAACCCUGGUUUUCAUGAAGCCAUCGGGGAUGUUAUGUCCCUUUCUGUUUCAACACCGAAGCAUCUUCACACGAUUAACCUGCUGGAGUCUGCAGAGUCUGACGAAGAAACUGACCUCAACUACCUGUUGAAGAUGGCGCUAGAUAAAAUAGCAUUUCUACCUUUUGGCUACCUCAUUGACCUCUGGAGAUGGAGUGUUUUUAAUGGGAAAACUCCUCCAGAGCAGUACAAUUCUGAGUGGUGGUACCUCAGAACAAAAUAUCAGGGAAUUUGCCCGCCCACCAAACGGACAGAGGAGCACUUUGAUCCUGGGGCAAAGUACCACAUUCCCGGAAACACGCCAUACAUCAGGUAUUUUGUCAGCUUCAUCCUCCAAUUCCAAUUCCACGAGAAGCUGUGCGAGGCAGCCAAGCACACCGGUCCUUUGCAUACAUGUGACAUCUACCGCUCUGCAGAAGCGGGAGAGAUUCUGAGGAAAGUCCUCCAAGCCGGCUCCUCCAAACCAUGGCCUGAAGUUCUUCAGGAUGCUAUUGGCACCAGUGAGAUGAAUGCCAACUCAUUACUGAAAUACUUUGAACCUGUUAUUAAGUGGUUGGAAGAACAAAACGUGAACGAGACCCUGGGAUGGCCCGACUUUAACUGGGUCCCACCCGUCCCUGAAGGAUACCCUGAAGACAUCGAUAAGAAUACAGAUGAGCUCGAUGCAAAGAGACUUCUAGAUGAGUAUAACAGCACAGCCGAGGAGGUGUGGAACGCGUACACUGAAGCCAGCUGGAAAUACAAUACGGACAUCACCGACGCCAACAGGCAGGCAAUGCUCGACAGAAAUCUGGAGAUGUCGACACACACUCUGGAAUACGGACUGAAGGCUCGCGGGUACGACACCACCGACUUCCAGGAUCCCUUGGUCAAACGCAUCAUCACAAAACUCAGCGACAUCGAGAGGGCCGCACUUCCUUCGAAAGAAUUGGAAGAGUAUAACACUCUCCUGUCCAACAUGGAGACCAAAUACAGUGUGGCUGAAGUUUGCCGAGAAGAUGGCAGAUGCCAUCCACUGGAUCCAGACCUCCAGAAGAUCAUGGCAGAGUCCAGGGAUUACAAUGAGUUAUUGUUUGCCUGGAAGGGAUGGAGAGAUGCUGCUGGCAAAGUUCUUCGUCAGGAUUACGAGAGAUACGUCGAGCUGGCCAACAAAGCUGCUGUGCUUAAUGGUCAUUCGGAUAAUGGAGCUUUCUGGCGGUCUCUGUAUGAAACCCCGACCUUUGAGGAAGACCUGGAGUCCCUGUGGAAGGAGCUGGAGCCGCUCUACCAGAACGUUCAUGCCUACGUUCGAAGGUCUUUGUACAAAAAGUACGGACCCCAGUACAUCAACCUAAAGGGACCAAUCCCUGCACAUCUGCUGGGCAACAUGUGGGCACAGACGUGGUCUGGAAUAAUGGAUUUCGCCAUACCGUACCCAGGUGCUACUCAAGUUGAUGCUACACCAGCUAUGGUAGCACAGGGCUGGAACGCCACCAGAAUGUUUCAGGAAUCAGACAAGUUUUUCACUUCUCUGGGUCUGCUGCCAAUGCCAGAGGAAUUCUGGGAAAAAUCCAUGCUGGAGAAGCCGUCGGAUGGACGGCAGGUGGUGUGCCACGCUUCUGCUUGGGACUUCUACAACCGCAAAGACUUCAGAAUAAAACAGUGCACCGUGGUGACCAUGGACGACCUGAUCACAGUGCACCACGAGAUGGGACACGUCCAAUAUUUCCUUCAGUACAAAGACCAGCCGGUGUCCUUCCGCGACGGCGCCAACCCCGGCUUCCAUGAGGCCAUCGGCGACGUCCUGGCUCUGUCCGUGUCCACGCCCAAACAUCUGCAGAGCAUCGGCCUCUUGGACAAAGUUGAAGAAAACUACCAAAGUGACAUCAACUUUCUCAUGAGCAUGGCGCUCGACAAGAUCGCCUUCCUGCCCUUCGGGUAUCUAAUGGAUCAGUGGAGGUGGAAGGUGUUUGACAGUCGGAUCCCAGCGAAUGAGUAUAACAAGGAGUGGUGGAACCUCAGAUUGAAGUAUCAGGGACUGUGUCCACCUGUGACUCGUACCGAGGAGGACUUUGAUCCGGGGGCAAAGUUCCACAUUCCUGCAAACGUGCCCUACGUCAGGUACUUCGUUAGCUUCAUCAUCCAGUUCCAGUUCCACGAAGCUCUGUGUAAAGCGGCCAAUCACAACGGCCCUCUGCACACCUGCGAUAUCUACCAAUCCAAAGCCGCUGGAAAGCUGUUGAGCGACGUGAUGAAGCUGGGCUACAGUAAGCCGUGGCCUGAAGCCAUGGCGAUGAUCACCAACCACUCCAAAAUGAGCGCCCAGCCGCUCGUGCAGUACUUUGAGCCUCUCAUACAGUGGCUGGAGCAGGAGAACCAGAGGAACGGCGAUGUUAUUGGAUGGCCCGAGUACGACUGGAGACCUCAAGAAACAUUCCCGCCGCCCACAAAGGUGGACUUCCUGGGUCUGUACCUGUACGAGUCGUCUGCGUCGGCGGGCAGCUGGGUCCUGCUGGGCAUCGCCCUCAUCUUCGCCGUGACCACCAUCGUGUUUGUGUACAAAUACAAAAAGGCAAGGAAGUACGGGAAGUCCUCGUCCACUUUGGAGCUGAAGUAAAAGGACUGAAGGGCUGGAAGUACGUCCUGAAAUACUGUGGUGAACACAAAUGCAACCUCAAUGUCAAUAGAAACGUUUUUAUGUACAAGAGAAAUGAGCUCCUGCACUCCUCCACGUCUGUUUAUUUCUACAAUUUUACUGUAGAAGAGUGAUAUUUAUUAACAAAGACAGUUUUCCCCAAAACACUCUGUUAAAUUAUUGUUUAUUCAAAUAUUUUAUAUUUUCAAGGCCAUGAAAUGAUGUGUACAUUCAAAUUAAACCAUAUGAAUAUACUGUCAA